AUGUCGGAAAACCUUGGUGACACAAACGUCGAAUGUUUUCCCCUGGUAUUCGAGACUAACGAUGAUCAAUAUCAACUUAAUGCCUCAAUUGAGAACUCUGCUGAGAAUCUCCUUCAUGAGGCCAGCACCGACACAUCACCUGUUGGGGGCGAUGCUGAGUCUGACUGGUUCAAUAUUGGGAACUUAACUUUGGAGAAUGGCCCUAACAAUCUUCCCCACCCCUCCCCAAAAGGAGUGCAAAGACGAAGAGGAGCAGAAGAAGAUUGGUUCGUAGUCUCCGAUACCUACACCUCCGGCACUAGUUUCGAUGGCGGGCACCAUACACCCGACAGCAGUAUCCUCGAUAUGGCCAUUCUCUCAACCCGGAACGGUAACUCACACCGGUUCAUGACCACACUCUCCGAUUUCACCUCUAUACUCGCAGAUAUGGGUGUCGACGGGCCUAAACAUCUAGUCGGCGGAAACCUAGACCGAGUGGGAACUAUCAUCGGCAAAGGUGCUCAAUUUACAGUGUUCGUGGACCAUACCCAUGAGGACACUGUCUUGAAGCGAGUCAAUCACUACAACGCACCGGCAAGCCUAUCGAAGUCCCAGCAGACUUUUGCCCAUUUCCGCACUCUGGAGUUGGAGAUACUGGCACUCUGCCAUCCGCCGCUACGAGAGCAUCGUAAUAUCGUCGAUCUGAUAUCUUGGGGCUAUGACUACCAAACACCUGAGCUGCUGCUUCCAGUGUUGUUCAUGGAGAGGGCGUUAACUUCACUGUCUAACUUCUUGCGGGGGGAUAAUAUGGCAUCUGUACCAGGGCAUCUCGAGAUAAAUAUUAGACAUCACAUGUGCCUCGAUAUUGCAGAUGGCCUAGAGGCGCUGCAUAACGAAGGAAUCGUUCAUGGUGAUGUUAAGCCGGACAAUGUGCUUGUAUUUCGGCAGGAUAAUCCCAGGGUGCCAUACCUAGGCAAGUUAAGCGAUUUCGGGAUCUGUAUCUCGAUAGAAAAUCCUGCUAGUUUAAGUUUUGCUUCAUAUCGAGGGACCCCUGGGUGGGCACCGCCAGAAGCGGGUGUGUAUGAUAAAGAUAUACACGGGGAUUUCUCACCAGAACUACUUUCCAGAUGCGACGGGUUCUCGUAUUGUCUUGUAGUGCUUUCCAUUCUACUGACCCGUGGGCGGCCACCAUUUCAAUUCGAACAAGUCGAGGGGCAGGAAGACGAGGAAUCGCCGUGUGAGAAGGCCAUGGGUUUAAUCUGGGGACAUGAAGAUCGGAAAUUUCCGAAAUCCUUACGAAGUAAAUUAUUGAGUCUUUGUAGAGCAAUGCUUGGGGUGAAACCGCAAGACCGGGUGAAUAUUAGCUCUAAACUAUUAGCGGACGAUAGUAAGGGAUAUAACGAUUGGAUCGCUACAAGAGAAACGACCACAAAACAAAACGGAAAGCGUACACAUAUUAUAGGAAGGAAAACAAAUGAGACCAACAAAGGUGUCCUUUACUGGAUAGGAUUCCAAUCCCUGGAACUUUUAAAACAGCUCGAAAAAGAUUACCAAGACACCAAAAAGGACAACGGCCCACGAUUCUCCGGUGAAACGCUCUUUGGGAUGGCCAUAGCAUUCGUAUCCUCUACACCAGGAAUCAAUCUCGGAUUUAGACGAGCUAUAGAAUACAUGAGUGAAGCAGCGAAAGGAUCAUGUAUUCCGGCCCAAGCCAUCAUAAAGAGACUUUACGAGGCACAAGAACUUUCUAUUAGCGCCAUUGCGGACAAACAGCUGCUGGAAACUUGGCUCUUUAAUUCUGUUUCCACUGGGUCAUUGGUUGCCACAGAGGAUCUCGCAGAGCUCAACCCGGCCCUUCUCCUCGAGGCUCGAGUGGUAUUCCGUAAAGCAGGAGGCUACAACGCCGAAGCCUCGCAUCAAACUGCGCAUCGGUUUUCGAGUUUGGAUAUCGACAUGGCGCGGUUAAUGUGCGAAGGUGGAGUAGAAUCUCUGCAGGACCUCAAUGGGAAUAAGGCGCUACAUUUUGCAGCCAUGUUUGACAAGCCAGAGGUCAUCAAGUAUCUAGUGGAGGAGCGGAGAGCUGCUGUGAAUUCCAAAAACGAUAGAGGUGAAACACCACUACAUAAAGCCUGUCUCGCCGGUCAUCAUGCAGCCGUGGAAAUGCUUAUUUCGUUGGGGGCGGAUGCAUCUAUUGCCUCUACACCAUACGAAAUAUCGCCGUUGCAUUGGCUCUUCAACUUUGAGGAGCAGCAUAUAGAUAAAAUGGCACAACUCCUCGUAUCCAAAGGUAAAGCUGACGUCGGGGCCAUUGUGUGCAAGAAUGUUUCGGUAACAGAAGAGCCUACACAUCCACCCUUCAUACACUUCCCAUUUCACUGGCCUUUUGGUACACCUCUCCACUGGGCAGCUUCAACACGCUGUACCACCGCUAUUGACUCUCUUCUCAAGCUUGGCGCUGAUAUCAAUGCUCGCGACUCCAAAAUCUACCCUGCUGCACAUACAGCACUAGCUAUGGCAGCGCGACGAGGUGACAGCAAAAUCGUCCAAUACCUCCUCAACAAAGGAGCAAGCGCAACUGCAGUCAGCGAUCAGGGACACAAUGCGUUCCAUACAAUGGCCUUGACUUACACGGGUUGUAGCCAGUUUUAUAAAUUCUGGGAGGGCUUUGAUGCCUGGAUCUAUAAUGGCACUUAUGAAAAUAAUCUUGCCAAGGUCCGGGAAUGCGUCCUCGCACUCCUCAGAGCUGGCUGCGAUCUGGAUCGCCGAAGAUCUGGUCCGCAUGGAAAACUGGGGGAUACGCCCCUCUUAGACGCCUCGAUCGCCCAGAAUUGUGUGGUUUCCCUGGCAUUACUAGAAGCGGGUGCCAAUGUAAAUUUCGAGAAUUCUAGUCAUGAACUCCCUAUACAUCUCUGGGCUCCCAUUGACGAUAAAUCCUUAGCAUACCCGCAAGGCUUCAUGGCAUUAUUUCAACAGCUAGUAGACCGCAUGGAAGAUAUCAAUAUAAAAGCUGGAUUCCUGGAGGAGACGAUUCCUCAUUAUGUUGUUAAAUCCUCCAAAACCCUGGAAAAAUCUAAAUUCGAAGAGAGGAUCCGAUUUUUAGUUACUCAUGAUCCUCCGGCAGAUAUUAACGCUCUUGAUAAAAGAGGGACCACCCCAUUACAACUCGCAAUCUCAAGCAGGCACCCGGGGCAACCUGUCGAGCUUUCGGGGAUCUUGCUCCAAUAUGGCGCACGUGUUCAUUACGGGGCGGACAGAGACUUCCUCUUUAUCCUCUCCUACAACCCCAUACUCACGGACGCCGAGACAACCUAUCUCCUUAAACGACUCCUAGAGGGCUAUAGCGACGCCGAGAAGCUCCAGAUGGCCAAUUCCUCGGUAACACGAGUGUUCGGUAAAGAGUAUAGUGCUUUUUUUGCGGCCAUCAAACUGGGAAAGUUUGAAUGUGUCAAGUACCUCCUUGAGCUUGGCAUGGAUCCCAAUACGAUCACUGGUGGACGUAUCACUUCCCUUGACUGGGCGUUGACAAGUGGUGAGCAGAUCAGGCGUUCGUACCUAGAGACCCUCGCAGACUACUUCACUCGUGAUGAGCGGGAUGCGGCGAGUGAGAGGGGCGCGGCAUUUGGGCUGAGGUUCAGAAAUGAUGACACUGUUUUUGGCGACGAGGGCAUAAGCCGUGAUACUUAUUUCGGCAUCACAAAAAUAAUACCCCAUCUGGUUUCGAUGGGAGCUAAACAGGCGAGGCAUAUUGUGAAAGAUGGGUAUCGAAGUUCCAACCCCAACCGGUGGGACGACGAGUUCACUGGGUAUUCGGAUGGAUGGUUUACAGUUGAAACCCAGCCCUUCUAUGAGCAUUGGAAGCUGUCGUAUAAGCUACGGUCCAGCUGA